AUGGUUGAAGAAGCCCUAAAGAGGAAGAGAUCGAAGAGAGCCCCUGAAAAAGCUAGCAAGCGGGCGAAAGCCGAGAGCAGCAGCAGCAGCAGCGCCGAAGAUGACGAUCCCCAAGCUCAAAUCCUACUCCUUGAAAAUGGGAUCCUCGAGUCCAAGAAGAACUACAAUAAUAUCGCCACUCUCCUUGAGCUAGCGCAGAAAGAGGAUGGCAGUGAUGGCGACGGCGACGGCGAUUCUGCAAUGCUUGCCCUGGUCUCGCUGUGCAGGGUAUUCUUGCGCUUGCUUGCAUCUGGUGCUUUGAGGAAGAGGCCCGGGCAAUCCGAAAAAGAGUCUGUGGUUGUCCAAUGGCUCAGGAGUAGACUCCGCGACUACAAGCAAGUUGUCGUCGCUGCUUUGGGUCAAGAGGAGUCCGCAUCCGCGGCAUUGACCCUCGCUAUGCGCAUCUUGCAGGCCGAAGGUCGAUAUCUGAACAGCAAAGACGAAUACAAUUUCCCGACAGGGUUUCUGGGAGAAAUUGUCGACGUAAUUGUUUCACAGAGCCUACAGGAUAUCCGGCAGGAAUUUUGCGAAAAGUUCUUAGGCGACUAUGCCGAUAUUCGCUUCUACACUUUCAAGACCGUGAAAGAUAUUCUCUCCUUGGAUCAUCAUGUAUCGUCAGGUGAGGGUCUAUUCGAUAACGUAUUCGAUUUACUGGCCUUCUUCGAAGACGUGCCCGACUCCACAGCAGACAUGGGUGGCUUCUAUAUUGAUCCGCCCAAGAAGUCUCACCCGGUCGCGUCCGUGAACCAGCAGAAGAAGCAAGCCCAAGAAGCAUGGUUGGCAUUGCUCAACCUAGGCCCCGACCGCGACCAGAGGAAGAAGUUGCUCCAGAUCAUGACCAAAUCCAUCGCCCCGUGGUUCAUGAAGCCUGAGCUUCUGAUGGACUUUCUCACAGAUUCGUACAACUCGGGGGGCGCCACCUCCUUGUUAGCUCUGUCCGGGGUCUUCUAUCUGAUACAAGAGCGCAAUCUGGACUACCCGUCCUUUUAUCGCAAGUUGUAUUCGUUGCUGGAUGCGGACAUCCUGCAUUCUAAGCAUCGAUCCAGGUUCUUCCGGCUAUUAGACACCUUUCUCGGCUCAACGCACCUUCCCGCCGCCCUUGUCGCGAGUUUCAUUAAACGCAUUACGAGACUAUGCCUCAACGCGCCGCCUGCCGCGAUCGUCGUCGUGGUACCAUGGAUCUACAACCUAUUCAAGAAGCACCCUCUCUGCACCUUCAUGAUGCAUCGCGUACCAAGAACGCCGGAAGAGCGGGAAGCCCUGGAAAGCGAAGGGAUGGAAGAUCCCUUCGUUGCCGAGGAAGAAGAUCCGAUGGAGACGCGCGCGAUUGACAGCUGCCUAUGGGAAGUUGUCCAGCUGCAGUCGCACUAUCACCCGAAUGUGGCGACUAUUGCGAAAAUAAUAUCGGAGCAGUUCACCAAGCAGGCAUACAACCUCGAGGACUUUCUGGAUCACUCGUAUGGUAGCUUGCUCGAGGCGGAGCUAUCAAAACAGGUUAAGAAGGCUCCAGUCGUGGAGUUUAUGAUCCCACAGAGAAUCUUCCUACCACAGGACCCAGCAUCGGGAGUGGAGGACAACCUUCUGGCCAGACUCUGGGAUUUCCAAUGA